CUUAUAAAAGCGAGAGUAGCAGGUGAAGCAAAACGGGUUUUAGCUCAGUCUGUGCCGCCUUACAGCUCAUGCAUUGACGCAGCGCCCGGGAGAUUUCUACUAUCCCUCAUUAGGAUGGCGACCCCGAGCAAGACACCACCCGGCGCCGACCCCAAACAGCUGGAGCGGACGGGGACGGUCCGGGAGAUUGGCUCCCAGGCGGUGUGGUCCCUCUCCUCCUGUAAACCCGGUUUUGGAGUGGAUCAACUGAGGGACGACAAUCUGGAGACUUACUGGCAGUCAGAUGGAUCCCAGCCUCACCUGGUCAACAUUCAGUUCAGGAGGAGGACAACAGUGAAGAUGCUGUGUAUUUAUGCAGAUUAUAAAUCUGAUGAGAGCUACACACCCAGUAAGAUCUCUGUCAGAGUGGGCAACAACUUCCACAACCUGCAAGAAAUCAGGCAGUUGGAGAUGGUGGAGCCCAGUGGCUGGAUUCACAUCUCUCUGUUGAACCAGCGAACAAACGAGCCCAUCAGCACCUUCAUGAUCCAGAUCGCGGUGUUGGCAAACCACCAGAACGGCAGAGACACUCACAUGCGGCAGAUUAAGGUCUACACGCCGGUGGAGGAGAGCUCCAUCGGGAAGUUCCCACGAUGCACCACAGUCGACUUCAUGAUGUACCGCACGAUCAGGUGAUCUGGACUGAGAUGUGACCGCCUGACCCUCUGUGGCUCCUGGGAAAGUUUGGGGAAAAUGACAUGGACUGAGAUCAGGAGCUGCUGCUGUGCCUCCAUAGAAAUCUGAUUUGAUCAGUCUUGUACUGGUUAUAUAAUAAAGGUUUUGUCAAAUGUGUUUUCUUAAAAAUACAGUGCUGAUGUUUUAAAGCUGCCAAUAUUUAAUAUAUAUAAAUUUGACUGUAACAGUUUGUUCUUCUCAGAAUGGAAAAACCUCUUUACACCAUCAAAUCCCUUUGUAAAAUGAUGUAAUGUUGUUUUUACACAGAAAAACGAGCUCCUCCUCUGAUGUGGCUGUUUGUAUGAAAGUGAAACACAUAAUCAGAUCUUGAUAAAUCUGGUUCUGUUUUGAUGUUCAGGUUUCAGAUUUGGAUUGAAUCUUAGGCAGGAAGGUAGAUUUCAAGUUUUUGGACUAAAACUCAGAAGGAUUCUCAGUUGUGAUGCACAGGUUUUAGUCCUGCAGAUCAGUGUGACUUAACCUGCAGGACUUCUGAAACAUGCUAAGAUAAACCCAGCACUCGUUCACUUACCUCUCAGCAUUUAUCUAAACCAGGACAGGAGCCAGGCUGAGUCAUUACGAAGCCAAAAAGUUGGGUUUGUUUACAGAGUAACUUCUGUGCCUACAGGCUGUCAUCUGCUGUGGAUUUGUUACUGAACGUUGAAUUAAAUGUGAAUUAAAUUUGCCAAACAGUGACUGUGUUCAUGUAUAAAACAAAGAAAACUCUCUGGUUACAGGAAAGAAUAAAAGAUCAGACU